AUGGCAUCACUGCCGCCACUACUCUGUCUCUGCAUCGUCGCCGCGCACCUGGCGGGGGCCCGAGAUCUCUUCCCCACUGAGGGGCCGACUGGGACCUUGUGGGGGCUCCACAGACAGUCACCACCCCUUGGCCAGCCUUCAUCAGCCCUGGAGGACUGGGAAGAGGCCAGUGAGUGGACGUCCUGGUUUAACGUAGACCAUCCUGGUGGUGAUGGAGACUUCGAGAGCCUGGCGGCUAUCCGCUUUUACUACGGGCCAGCGCGCGUGUGCCCACAACCACUGGCGCUGGAGGCACGCACCACAGACUGGGCCCUGCCGGCCACCGUCGGCGAGCGAGUACACUUGAAUCCCACGCGUGGAUUCUGGUGUCUCAAUCGAGAGCAACCGCGCGGCCGCCGCUGCUCCAACUACCACGUGCGAUUUCGCUGUCCCAUCGAAGCCUCGUGGGGCGCGUGGGGCCCGUGGGGUCCAUGCUCGGGGAGUUGUGGGCCAGGUCGUCGCUUGCGCCGUCGCAGCUGCCCAACAGAGGAAACGUGUCCCGGGCGUCCGCAGGAGGCGCAGAAAUGUGUGCGCCCUCGGUGCCCAGGGUGCAGCAGCCCUAACAUCUGUGGGUGCCCUGACCACGUUCUCCUGGGCACGGUAGUCACUCCAUCUGGGCGACCACUGCCAGGAGCCAAGGUCUUCCUUCGAGGCCGCCCAGGCUCUGUGGCCACCAGUGAUGCCCACGGAACCUUCCGGGUGCCCGGCAUCUGUACCAGCAGUCAGGCCAAUGUCAGUGCCCAGAUGGCCGGCUUCUCUGUAGGCGUGGCCCAGGCCCAGGCCAACAGCUCCAUCUCAGCUGUGGUUACUGUUGUUCUUGGGAAGUUAGAGAAGCCCUACCUGAUGAAGCAUCCUGAGUCUCGGGUACGAGUGGCAGGCCAGAAUGUGACCUUCUGCUGCAAAGCCGCGGGUACCCCCACACCCAAGAAAUACGCCUGGUUCCACAACGGAACCCUGAUAGACAGGAGAGAGCUUGGUUAUGGGACCCAAUUGGAGUUGCGAGGGUUACACCCGGACCAGGCGGGCACCUACCACUGCAAGGCCUGGAAUGACGCAGGUGCUGUCCGCUCAGCUACUGCCUGGCUGACCGUGCUGGCCCCAGGCCAGGCCGCCUGUGAUCCACUGCCCCUAGAGCACCUGAUCAAGCUCCCAGAUGAUUGUGGUCAGUCAGAUGGCAGUCCUGCCUAUCUGGACGUGGGCCGCUGCCCUGAUGUGCCCUGCCCUGGCCCUGUGGGCUCCAGCCCCCGGUGUGGGGACACUAGCAUCCGAUGCUGCUCUGUGCGUCGCCUGCAGAGCCAGGUCGUCCGCUGUUCUGGCUAUGAUCUUCCGGUAAAAGUGGUGGCUGAGUGUGGCUGCCAGAAGUGCCUACCCCCUCAGGGUCUGAUCCGAGGCCGUGUGGUGGCUGCUGACACUGGGGAGCCCCUGCGUUUUGCCCGUAUCCUGCUGGGUCGAGAUGCUAUUGGCUUCACCUCUUACCAGGGUGACUUCACCAUUGAGGCGCCACCAUCCCCAGAGCGCCUAGUACUGACCUUCCUGGAUCUCAGUGGUGAGUUUGUGGAUGCUGUCAGGGUUUUGCCCUUUGACCCACAGGGCAUUGGUGUGUACCACGAGGUCAAGGCCAUGCGGAAGCGAGAUCCGGUCAUCUUGGAUGCCACUCAAAGCAACAGGAUCCCACUUGGUGAACUGGGGGAUGAGGCUCCUAUGGGAGAAUUAGUCCUGCCUCCAGGGGCAUUCCGAUUUGCCGAUGGCCGGCCCUAUGUGGGUGCUGUGGAGGCCCGGGUGACCUUUGUGGACCCCCGCGACCUGACCUCUGCAGCUGCUGCCCCCAGUGAUCUGCGCUUCCUGGACCAGGAUGGGGAGCUAGCACCCCUGCGCACCUACGGCAUGUUCUCAGUGGACCUCCAUGCUGCCAGCUCUGGAGAGCAGCUGCAGGUGGGGCCUGUGACCGUGCGUGUGGCUGCUGAACAGAUCCACAUGGCCGGCCACGCUGAGGCGCUCAGGCUCUGGUCACUGGACCCCAACACAGGCCUGUGGGAGGAGGAGAGCAGCUUCAGGCGGGAGGCACCUGCCAGUUCCCGGGUUCGGAGGGAGGAGCGAGCCUUCCUGGUGGGUAACUUGGAGAUUCGUGAGCGGCGCUUGUUCAACCUGGACGUGCCUGAACGCCGUCGCUGCUUCGUGAAAGUACGUGUCUACGCAAAUGACAAGUUUGCACCCAGCGAGCAGGUGGAGGGCGCUGUUGUGACAUUGGUCAAUCUGGAACCUGCGCCCGGCUUCUCAGCCAAUCCCCGUGCCUGGGGCCGCUUCGACAGUGCUGUCACGGGCCCCAAUGGCGCCUGCCUCCCUGCCUUCUGUGAUGAAGACCAGCCAGAUGCUUACACUGCCCUUGUCACCGCCACCCUGGGGGGUGAGGAGCUAGAGCCAGCGCCCUCUCGGCCCCGCCCACUCCCGUCUGCCGUGGGUGUCACCCAGCCCUACCUGGACAGGCUGGGCUAUAGGCGCACAGACCACGAGGACCCUGCCCUCAAGCGAAAUGGUUUCCGAAUCAACCUGGCCAAGCCCAGGUCCGGCAACUCUGCUGAGGCCCGUGGGCCUGUGUACCCAUGGCGCAGCCUGAGGGAGUGCCAGGAGGCCCCUGUGACUGCUAACCACUUCCGCUUUGCCCGCGUGGAGGCUGACAGGUAUGAGUACAACGUGGUGCCCUUUCGUGAGGGUGCACCUGCCUCCUGGACCAGUGAUUACCUGGCCUGGUGGCCCAACCCCCAGGAGUUCCGGGCCUGUUUCCUCAAGGUGCGCAUCCAGGGCCCCCAGGAGUACAUGGUGCGUGCCCACAGUGCCGGGGGCAGCCAUCCACGUACUCAGAGCCAGCUGUAUGGCCUUCGGGAUGCCCGCAGCGUCCGGGACCCCCAGCAACCAGGCACAUCUGCCGCCUGUGUAGAGUUCAAGUGCAGCGGGAUGCUGUUCGACCAGCAACAGGCGGACAGAACGCUGGUGACCAUCACACCACAAGGCAGCUGCCGCCGUACAGCCAUCAACACACUGCUGAGGGACUACCUGGCCAGGCAUCCCCCGUUAGCACCAGUGGAUGACCCCACCGCCUUUGCCAUGUUGGCCCCGCUGGACCCCCUGGGCCACAAUUAUGGUGUCUACACCGUCACUGACCAGAGCCCGAGACUGGCUAAGGAGAUUGCCAUCGGUCGCUGCUUCGACGGCUCCUCUGACGGCUUCUCACGGGAGAUGAAGGCCAACGCUGGCACCGCGGUUACCUUCCAGUGCCAGGAGCCACCUGCAGAUCGGCCCAACCUCUUCCAGCGGCUGCUAGAGUCCCCAGCAGUGGCGCUGGAUGAUAUCCGCCGGGAAAUGGGACAAGUGGCCAGAGCACAGGCUCAGGCUGUUGGUCCCCUCCGAACCCGACGGGGCAGAGCUCAGCAGUGA